GACGGGGAUCAUAAUGGAUGAGGACGUAAGGAUUGUGGCUAUGGUUAUUCGCAAUCAGAUAUCAUCAUUGAAAAGAGAACGCCAACAUAUUCAACAGCAGGCCCAGGUAGAAAAGAUUCAACAAGCUUCUCAACAACAGGCACUACUUCCAGUUGUACAGCAACCACAGGUACAAGGAUAUUCUCAACAACCACAUCUGCAACAAGCUCAACUUCAACAGCUUCAGCAGGGUCAUCUUCAACAACCACAGCUUCAACAAGGAUACCUUCAACAGCCACAAAUGCAGCAAGGACUUUCACAACAACCAAAAGUUCAGCAAGUACUCCCUCAGCACUUGCAGUUUCAACAAGGAAAUCUUCAGCAAACACAAAUGCAUCAGAGUCUUUCACAGCAAUCACAAAUGGUGGCAGGACUGCAACAGAGCCAUUCUCUUCAACAACAGAUACAACAAGGAUUUCCUAAGCAGCCACAGAUUCAACAGGGACUAUCUCAACAAUCACAUAUGCAGCAGGGGCUAUCCCAGCCACAGGUGCAACAGAAAUUUCCUCAACAGCCACAGGUGCAACAGGGAAUUUCUCAACAACCACAGAUGCAACAGGGAAUUUCUCAACAACCACAGAUGCAGCAGGGAUUCCUUCAACAGCCACAGGUGCAACAGGGGCUAUCACAACAACCACAGGUUCAACAGGGGCCAUCACAACAACAAAAGGUGCAACAGGGACUAUCUCAACAACCACUAGUCCAACAGGGACUUCCUCAACAGCCAAAGAUGCAACAGGGAUUUUUUCAACAGCCACAGAUGCAACAGGGAUUUUCUCAACAGCCACAUAUGCAACAGGGACUUCCUCAACAGACACAGAUGCAACAGGGACUUCCUCAACAACCACAGAUGCAACAGGGCCUAUCUCAACAAUCACAAAUGCAACAGGGCCUAUCUCAACAACCA